AUGAGGUUCGCAGGCAGAGCCGCUGCAGCCUCAUGGCGCCUCCUAUUGCUCUCCCUGUUCUGGACAACAGUCGUCGCAAAGGAGGACAAGCCUGGCAUCACUGUCAACGCGCUUGAACACCCCCCGAUCAAUAUCAACUACUUCGAGGACAGCGAUGUCAUCAUCUUCCACGAUGUCGAGGAGAGAAACAUCUACCGGUCCACGGAUGCCGGCGUGAAAUGGAAUACUGUGGAAAAUAUACCCCACGGCGCCGCCGCAUUGCUAGUUAUGCAUCCAUUUGAGCCCAAGACGGCAUUCGUCUUGACUACAGACUCGAAACACUACAUGACCACCGAUCAAGGCAAGAGCUGGUCCGAGUUCAAAAGUGGCAGCCUCCCCAGCGUCUUCCAGCCCGAAAUCCUCGUCUUCCACGCCGGCGAUCCGAAGCGCAUCAUCUUCAAUGGUAUGAACUGCGAUGGAAUUUUCUGCGAUGAGGAAGCAACAUAUACGCUCGACGGCUUCAAAUCGGUAAACCGGCUCCGAUCCUCGACUGCUGGGUGCUGGUGGGCCAAGUCCACUCAGGGAUUCACGACUGGUCAGAAGGACCUGGACGAGUCGAGAACCAUGUGUAUCAUCGCCGAUCAGCUCUCCUUCUUUAAGGAGGAUCAGCGACUGUACAUCUCGGACGACUUCUUUGUCAUGAAAGACGGCGCAUACCAGCAGUUUGAGCCCAACAUGAAUCCCAGCAAAGGCGUGUCCGGCGUUGUCAACCUAGCAGCUGUUAAAAAAUUCAUCCUCGUUGCUACCACAUCCCCCCACAGUGACGAGAUGGCCCUCUACGUCACUGAUGACACGAUUCAUUGGCACCGAGCCAUGUUCCCCACGGACGACAGCCACGACCAUUCUCACCAGAUUAACCAAGAGGCGUAUACUGUGCUGGAGAGCACUGAUUAUAGCCUUCAGGUGGACGUGAUGACAUCUCAUCCGUCGAACCCAAUGGGUGUCAUUUUUACCAGCAACUCCGACGGCACUUUUUUCACCGAAAAUGUCCCAUAUACCAACCGAAACACUAAGGGUCACGUUGACUUUGAGAAGAUCAGUGGAAUUCAGGGAAUCUUCCUAGUUAAUGUUGUUGAAAACGGAAAAGACGUCGACGAGAAAAGUGCCGAGAAGGUUAUCGUCACAAAGAUGACUUUCGACGACGGCAGAACUUUCGAAUCCAUCAAGGCUGGGGAAGAUACGAUCCAUCUGCAUUCCGUCACCCAGAUGGACAACGUGGGUAGAGUAUACUCGAGUCCAGCCCCAGGACUUAUCAUGGGAAACGGAAAUACCGGAAAAUCCCUGACCAGUUUCGCCGACUCGAACCUCUUCGUGUCUGACAACGCUGGAGUGACGUGGAAGAAGGCGUUGGACGGACCACACAAGUAUGAGUUUGGCGAUUCCGGCUCGAUCCUCAUUGCCAUCAAAGAUUCUACCAAGGAGGAUGUAAAGGAGUUUCACUACUCUCUGGACCAUGGCGACCACUGGGAACCCGUGUCUUUGCCAAAAGACCUCGCCAUCAAACCAAGCAUCCUGACAACCACUCAGGAUUCAACAAGUCUAAAGUUCUUACUCUUGGGUGAGAAGGACAGGACUUACCACAUGAUUUCCAUCGACUUCAGCGCCCUUGAUAAACCUCAAUGUGGAAAGAAGGAUAUGGAGGAUUGGUUCGCUCGGGUGGAUGACGAUGGAAAGCCAACAUGUAUCAUGGGCCACAAGCAAACAUAUGAUCGCCGCAAGAAGUCCGCCGAUUGUUUUGUCAAGAGCGACUUCAAGGACCCCGUUUCCAAGACGGAGGAGUGCGAGUGCACAGACGCCGAUUUCGAAUGCGACUACAACUUCCAGCGAGACCCUGAGGACCGAGGUGUUUGCAAGCAAGCUGGUCCCAUCCCGAUUCCAGAGGGCUCGUGUAAAAAUGGGGCAGACGGGAAGUUCAAGGGCUCAUCCGGCUGGAGACUUAUUCCUGGAAACAAGUGCAAACGAAAGGAGGGAUCUCAGAAGGACGACGAAACGGAAAGAGACUGCUCUGAUGGAGGUGGCUCCGGCGGAUCUGGCGGUGGUGAUAAUCAGUCUCCUGAUGCCCCUGCCAGCGGAGAAGUCAGCCACAAGACGACUGAGUUUGGUUCUGAUUUCAACGACUUCCAGAAAGUUUACCUCGACCGCGGCGAUUCCAGCGCCGGUACGGAUGAGACGGUCAUUGUCAGACCCUUGGCCAUGAAGGACGGUAGUGUGUCGAAGGCAGACCACCUCUGGCGCACAACUGACCACGGGAAGUCAUGGAAACCCAUCCUAGAGAAGGAGACAAUCGUGGCCAUAUACCCUCACGACUACUUCAAGGAUGUCAUCUUCUUCACCACGUCUGACGAAAAGGUCAUCUACACCAUUGAUCGAGGUCAGAGCUUCCACAGUUUCAAGGGACCGACAAAGGCCAACAAAGGCCAUGCCUUGAGCUUCCAUCCGGACAAGAAGGACUGGAUUAUCUGGGUGGGUGAAGUCUGUGAUGAUGUGUCAGGGAGCAAGGACUGCUUUCUUGAGGCGUCCAUCUCCACGGACCGUGGCGACAACUGGAAAACGAUGCUGCGCUACGUGGAAAGGUGCGAAUUCAUCGGGCACUCAGCCUACAAAUUCCGCUCCAUCAAACAGAUUGUCUGCCUCGCCAAGCGGGAGGAGAACAACAAUGCCCGUAACACAAUCGUGUCGAGCGAAGACUUCUUUGACAUGGAUAAGCAAUUCUUCAAUGGGUCGGUUAUCAACUUUGCGACUAUGAGUGAAUUCGUUCUCAUUGCCGAAGACACCGACGGGAAUGGUGGACUACAGGCCCUUGCUAGUCUUGAUGGAAAGAAGUUCGAAGCUGCUCACUUCCCCUUUAACUUUGGCGACACCCAUCACAGUUCGUACACUGUCCUAGACAGCUCAUAUCAUGCCAUCAACCUCUUUGUGGCCACCAAAACGGUCGAGGGCCGAAAGCUCGGCUCGAUUAUCAAGAGCAACUCCAACGGUACCACGUAUGUCCUGAGCGCCUCUAACGUCAACUCCAACGACGGCGGGUGGGUUGAUUUCGAGACGGUCUCAGGGCUAGAGGGCGUUAGUUUGAUCAACGUUGUCGCCAACCCAGACAAGAAGGACGCCAAGGAACUUCAGACCAAGAUCUCGCACAAUGACAACGCCGAAUGGGGCUUCCUACCGCCACCUCAGAAAGAUGCGGAUGGCAAGUCGUACAAGUGCAGUUCCAGUGGCGACAAAAAGUGUGCGUUGCAUCUCCACAACUACUCAGAACGAGACGACAAGAGGAAGACGUUUGCGGCUAGCACUGCAGUUGGCCUCCUCUUUGGUGUCGGCAACGUCGGGUCGAAGCUAGGGGACAUCAAGGAUGCCGAUACCUUUAUGACGGCCGAUGGUGGAAUCACGUGGAAGAACGUCAAGAAGGGACACUGGACAUGGCAAUACGGCGACCAGGGCGGUAUCAUUGUACUCGUACAGCGGGCUACUCACGGAAAUGGGGCCAAGACCAAAAUAGUCUCGUACUCUGCGGACGAGGGCAAGACAUGGACGGACUACAAGUUCUCUGAGGAGGAGGUGACGGUCUUGGACAUCACAACGGUGCAGACCGGAGCGUCACGCAACUUUCUCCUCUGGUGCAAACCCGACAAGGGCAAGUUGUUCUCGGUCAACCUUGACUUUACGGGACUGGCAGACAAGGCCUGCGAGUUCAAAGAGCAGGGCGACUCGGACUAUUACCUAUGGUCCCCGACGCAUCCAUUCCAGGACGAUGAUUGCGUGUUUGGGCAUGUGGCGACGUACCUGCGAAAGAAAACGGACCGAAAAUGUUACAACAAGGGGAACCUCAAACGGCUUCACGAGUAUACUAAUUGCCAGUGCACGCGCAGCGACUAUGAAUGCGCGUACAACUAUGAGCUCGACAACCAUGGGCAAUGCAGCCUGGUGCCUGGAUUUCAGCCUCUCUCUGGCCAGGACUGGUGCAAGCAGAACCCGAACGAGACGACGUGGUUUGAGCCGACGGGCUACCGCAGGCUUCCUAUGACGACUUGCGAGAAAGGCAAAGAGUGGGACAAGACGUCGACGGAGCACGCUUGUGAUGGCUACGAGGAUGAGUUUGAGAAGAAGCACCGGACGUCGGGCUGGGUCAUCUUCUUCUCCAUUUUGAUUCCAUUUUGCCUCGCCGGGGCCAUCGGUUGGUACAUAUACAACAACUGGAACAGCUCGUUCGGCCAGAUCCGACUGGGAGACAACUCGUCGACGUUUGACAGCGACCAGCCGUGGAUCAAGUAUCCCGUCAUCGCGAUUUCGGCCAUGGCUGCGGUGGUGGUUGCGUUGCCGCUGGUUGCCACCAGUCUUUGGCGAACGGCCACGGGUGCGUACGAGCGAGUCAGCGGUAGACGCCGCGAUGGCUGGUUCUCUGGCGCCGGCACCGGCACGAGACCAUACACAACACGAGACAGCUUUGCUCGCGGGCGGGGCGACUAUGCCGCUGUGGAUGACGACGAGGGCGAGCUACUGGGAGAGGAGAGCGACGAGGAGGUCUGA